ACGGAUAUAAGGCUUGGAACCGCCCCCCUGCGAAAUGUAUGUUCUUCGAGUUUGUGGGUACGCGAAUCAAUGUCGGAUCCAUACGAAAAAGUGAAGGGUGGCAGAUUAGCCUUCAAAGGAGGAAGCCUUGCUACUACGAAAGCCAUCGACAAGAAGAAGAAGAAGAAGAAAUCGAAGCAGAACUCUUCAGACGCUGCUCCAGAUGCCGUCGGUGAGGGAACCAUCGGAGCGGAAGGGGGAGAAACCACCGGAGAAGUUUACACAAUUGAUGCCGCGAAGCGAUUGAAGUAUGACGAUCUAUUUCCUGUCGAGGCCAAGAAGUUCGGGUACGACCCUAAUUCGAAGACGAAGUCUGUUGAAGAGGCUCUCAAUGAUCGAGUUAAAAAGAAAGCUGAUCGAUACUGUAAAUGAUGUGAGGAACUAUGUGAUCUCUUUUCAAGGGGGAAGCAUUUGACUAUGGAAGAGAGGUUGGCUACCUAUUAGCUUUAAUGAAGAUAGUGAGAUAUUCAACAAAGUUUUAGAUAUACACCAGGAAGAAAAAGAGGCCCAUAAGUGGAACAACUACCCUUAAGAUCCUCCUUUGUUUUGAUGUACUAUUUCUGCUAGUCCUCUUACUAAUUUAUCUUCUAAUAUUUUAGAACAUUCAAUUAUAUUUGUUACUUUGAUAUUGGCUUAUCCAUUGCUCUUAAGAAGGAAAGCAUAUUUGCAGUCGACAUCCUUCUAUCA